UAAAUAUAACUAGAACGCCCAAAUAUAUGUAAAUACACAAUAUUAUAUAAGUUAAGGAUAUAAUACAAAAUGCCGGCGAUCUUGACGAAGAUAAGGGAGCAGGCGUUUAGAGUUCAGCCCACCAUAGCUGUGGGUGUGGGCGUGGGCGUCGCUCUAGCGGCGUGUGCUGUUUACGGAACCAGGGAAAAGAAACAGUCGCCAACGUGCCACAAUAAUAAUAACUAUAAGAUCGCCAAAAACGGCCAGCUUCAACCAGUCGGCAAUGGAGAGACACAGACGUGCGGCGGGAGCUGCGGUGCCGAGCAAUGCGCAUUAUGUAGAGGAGAUGCCGAUACGGACAACAAACAAAAUAUUGAAGAUGCUGACGAAACACAAUCAGUCGAAGAACACGUGCCAGGUCUCAAUCUGGAGUUCCUCAGGCAGCUGGUCAGUCUUGCGAGGAUCAUGGUACCAGGGUUCCGUAGUCACGAGGUGGCGUUACUCGCUGUCCAUACAGUUUGCCUAUUUUCUAGGACUUUUCUCUCUAUAUACGUGGCCUCUUUGGAAGGGUCCAUUGUAAAACACAUCGUCCAAAAGGAUCUCAGGUCGUUUGCUGCACUCUUGAUGCAGUGGUUCGGUAUAGCGAUACCGGCUACCUUCAUAAACUCCAUGAUCAGAUACUUGGAGAGCAGACUAGCCCUCGCUUUCCGAACGCGCCUGGUCAACCAUGCAUAUGACCUAUACUUCAAGAACCAGACGUAUUACAGAGUCGCCAACCUCGACGCUAGGAUAGAAAAUGCUGAUCACAGGUUGACAGAAGACGUGUCAGUAUUCACACAAUCAGUAGCGCACUUGUACAGUUCACUGACCAAGCCUUGUUUCGACCUGCUCCUCAUAGUGCUGACCCUCGCAAGCUACUCCAACAAGAUGAAGGGAAAUAUUUUCCUAGGUCCCGGUAUAGCAACCGUGGUGAUUUGCCUAACGGGUCAGUUGUUAAGAAUGCUCAGUCCGAGAUUCGGUGCUCUAGCAGGGGAGGAGGCAAGAAUGAAGGCUAACUUACGACAUGUCCAUUCAAGACUCAUUGCACACGCUGAAGAAGUAGCUUUUUAUGGUGGCCAUAAGGUGGAAUUAGGUCAACUUCAAUCAGCAUACAAGGAGCUAGUGGCACAAAUGACGUCAGUGUUCAACAAGAAGCUCUGGUACGUCAUGUUGGAGCAAUUUUGUAUGAAGUACGUGUGGUCGGGAACCGGGAUGGUCAUGCUGGCACUGCCUAUACUUACGGGAACAAGGCUCGAUAGUUCGGCUGGUGAAGGUAUAAGUGCAAGAACAGAAUAUAUGACGACGUCACGAAACCUUCUCAAUUCUGCUGCCGACGCCAUUGAAAGAUUAAUGUCCAGUUACAAGGAGAUCGUGACGCUGGCCGGGUACGCGACGCGCGUGUCGGACAUGCUGGUGGUGUUCGGCGAGGUGGCGCGCGGCCGCUGCGUGCGCGCCGUGCACGUGGCGCCCGCGCCCGCGGCCGGCUUCACCGUCACCUUCCGGGACAAGCAGCCCGUGCCCAUGGGUAAAGUGUCGUACACGACGGACCUAUCUAUCCGUCUGACUAACGUACCCAUCGUGACGCCCACGUGUGACGUGGUGGCAAGCGGAGUGACAUUGGAGCUGAAACCUGGCACUCACCUACUUAUAGUCGGGCCUAACGGCUGUGGCAAGUCUAGUUUGUUCCGCAUCAUCUCGGGUCUGUGGCCGGUGUUCGGAGGCGAGCUCAGUGUACCGCGGCCUUGCGAGUGCGCCCACUGCGCGGGCGAGCCGCACGCGCCACCGCACUGCAGCGCGCGCCCGGUCAUGUUCUAUAUACCGCAGAGGCCGUACAUGUCGAUGGGCUCCCUCAUCGACCAGAUCACAUACCCGUCGCGGGUACCGGAGGGUGAUGCGGCGGCAGAGGCGCGCGCCUUGCACAUCUUGCGCGUGGUGCGGCUCGACGCGUGCGCGGCGCGGCACGGCGGCCUGCGCGCCGUGUGCGACUGGCGCAGCACGCUGUCGGGCGGGGAGAAGCAGCGCGUCGCCUGCGCCCGGAUGUUCUACCACAGACCCGUGUACGCGUUGCUAGACGAGUGCACGAGUGCAGUGUCAAUGGAAACCGAAGUUGUGAUGUACGAAGAGGCCAUAAAGGAAGGCAUCACAUUGUUGUCCAUCACACACAGACCUAGUGUUUGGAAAUAUCACACACACGUAUUAGAGUUCGACGGAGCGGGUGGCUGGUCUUUCAGACUUUUAGAAAAGGACGGCUCAGCCAUAACACCCGCCUUACCGAGAAUACCCGAAGCAACACACACAAGCACGGAAAACGAAAAGGAACAAACUAUUGAGUGA